CAUGCGCAGGGCGGUGUUGGCAGCGGCGGUAUGGGGCGGCCGGCGCUGGCCUUGUGGGUUCUGGCGGUGACCGUCGUGUGGCGGCUGGAGCCAGCCGUGGCGGGCGGACCGGCAGAUGCCAAAUGGAAAACUAUAACUGACCAAAUUAAGAAAGCUGUGGAAGUCUAUAAGCCGUGUGUAAAGGAGAAUUGCAGCUGCCACCAAAGUGUCUGGAAGCAGGACCUUGCUCCUUUUCGAGGUGGCAUUUCCAAGGAGACAAUAUCAGAUGUGGUGAGCAGGAAGCUUGGGACGCACUACCAAAUCAUUAAGAACAAAUUGUACCGUGAGCAGGACUGCUUGUUCCCUGCAAGAUGCAGUGGAGUUGAGCACUUCCUUCUGGGGAUCAUCAACCGCCUCCCUGACAUGGAAAUGGUGAUCAAUGUGCGAGACUAUCCCCAGGUCCCCAAGUGGAUGAAACCCAUUAUUCCAGUCUUUUCCUUCAGUAAGACACCUGAAUACAAUGAUAUCAUGUAUCCUGCCUGGACGUUUUGGGAAGGAGGACCAGCUGUUUGGCCAAUUUACCCAACAGGUUUAGGACGCUGGGACCUCAUGAGAGAGGACCUCAGGAGAUCUGCAGAAAAAUGGCCGUGGAUGAAAAAAAUCUCUAAAGGAUAUUUCCGAGGAUCCAGAACGAGCCCUGAGAGAGAUCCCCUAAUUCUGCUGUCCCGAGAAAACCCAGAACUUGUUGAUGCUGAGUACACUAAAAACCAGGCUUGGAAAUCUGAGAAGGACACCUUGGGAAAACCUCCUGCAAAGGAAAUUCCGCUGGUUGAUCACUGCAAAUACAAGUAAGAGUUUUGAUUAGUAAAGCUGUUCAAGGGCUAUGGGUUAUUUCUUGCCUUGCAUGGUCUAAGGUCUAAUUCCAGUAACCAGCUCGAUGCAGGCAAGAAAGCUUGUGCACAGACUUAAGGCAGUUGAAAAGUCAGGAGCUUAGCAUGACCUCUUUCAGUGUCAGCUUUUCCCUGUCAGAUCAGGAGAAAUAAAAGUGCUUUGGGGAAAGUAAAGGUCUUGGAUCACUAAUAAAUGUACAGAUCGAAAAUUUUAUUUUAUUUUAAUCAAAAAGGCUUUCUAACAAUUUUUCUUUAUAUUCCUGUACCAAGCUGCGUGUUCAAAAUUGGUUUUUUCCAUACUACAGUGAUAGCAUUACUGUCUUCAAAGACAGAAGGAACUGAAGAAUCAUGUCUUAAUAUGCAUUCUGGGGCAAGUGUUGCCACUGGAUGUAUGUAGUAAGAGAGAGAACCUGAAAUAUGAUUGAGCAGAUGCAGUAUUGAUUCAUACAUUAUAUCUUG